UAUAAAAGCAAAGCAGAAUAACUCGUUAGUGUUCAGUAUCCGAUCCGCGCUUUUAAGCAGCAGCCAGCAGUAACCCGAAGAGGCCAGCCACAGAGCAGCGAAUUGCUUUAAAUUAGAUUUCUAAUCACCCCAAAAAACACACAACAAACAAAGCAAAAUGUCUUCUGAAGUGAGCAGCGACAACCCCAUCUAUGGCCCCUUCUUCGGAGUUAUGGGCGCCGCCUCCGCCAUCAUCUUCUCGGCUCUGGGCGCUGCUUAUGGCACUGCUAAGUCUGGUACCGGUAUUGCUGCCAUGUCAGUGAUGCGUCCUGAACUGAUCAUGAAAUCCAUCAUUCCUGUGGUCAUGGCGGGUAUCAUUGCCAUUUACGGCCUGGUGGUGGCUGUGCUUAUUGCCGGCGCGCUGGAAGAGCCCGCAAAGUACUCACUAUACAGGGGCUUCAUUCACUUGGGAGCCGGUUUGGCGGUGGGCUUCUCUGGUCUGGCAGCCGGUUUUGCGAUCGGCAUCGUGGGAGACGCCGGUGUCCGUGGCACAGCACAGCAGCCUAGACUGUUCGUCGGCAUGAUCCUGAUUCUCAUCUUCGCCGAGGUGUUGGGUCUCUACGGCUUGAUUGUGGCCAUUUACCUGUACACGAAAUAAAUCAAUCAAUGCAAACACACAACAACAAAUAGACAAACGGCGCCCAGCAAUCAACAACAGCCACAACAACAUCAACAGCAGCAGCUUCAACAGAAGCAGGUAAAAUUGUGUCCAACCAGCGAGCAAAAUGCAACUUCCAACAUGCAACAUUGACCAUAGCAGUGCAUGUGCGGGGCAACCGACGAGGGGCCGUUUGUACAUAGCAAGAACAACAAAAACCAGCCCUGCCGGGCUGCAGGAUUUCCGCCAUGCACUGCUCAGUGUUGGCCGCUAAUUGCACCUGUUGCUCAGUUCACCUCGAUUUGCUGGCGCGUGGUUUAGCUUAGUUAUUUUCCGUUCAAAAUCAGUCUUAAACACGAGGAAAACAAUUUGCCGUUAAGUUCAUAAAGUUGUAAUAAUUAUGAUUUUUGCUAUAUCAAGAAAUCCUUCUCUUUUACUUAUUAUUUUUGCGCUCCACAAUUUUGUGUGCUCUUUGUUAUUUGUUUUUUCCAUUAUUAUUAUUAAAUAAUGUUUAGUGUAUAUGUAAAGUUCGUUAAACAAAAAGAAAAAAUUGUAAAGAAAUCAACAACCAACAAUUGUCAGAAGAAACUUUGUACAUUUGCAUUGAGCCUGACGCGGCUGCAACAAAAUCAGAUCAACAAAUUUAGCGAAAGGGCCAGACAACAACAAAAACAAACAAGCAGCAACAACACCAUUAAUGCUUCCGCCCGCUACCAUCCGGCGCGGCAACGUACCGCUCUCGUUAGCUGCCCACUGUUUGGGCGCGCCCCGCCCCCCGAAUUCGGAGGGCGGGAUGGAAGCUCACUACAGCGGUCGCUAGAGAGUUGUUGCUGGACGGUUAGGCGGGAAGCAAACGCUUGGCAAUACUUUAACGUCAACUGCGGAAACCAACUACAUGCAAUCAUUCAAAACACACACACACAAAACCAACACACACACAUACAAAUGUAACUAAGUCCUAUGUUUAUUUUUAAUUAUUGUUCAAUUCUAAGAAUAAUAUAUUAAAAAUUAAUAAUAAUAAAUUAUAUAUAUAAUUAUGAUUUUUUGUGAUAAGAAAAAGAUGGUAAUACAAACAAUUACGGUAUUGAUAUACAUAAUAUAUACAAAAUAUAUAUAUUUAAACAAGAACAAGAAAUCAUAAACAAUUAUACAUAUUAACAUGAAAAAGUUGUUAUAAAACGUACGAAACAAUACAAAUCAAGUGUAUGAAUGUAAUGCGACAAACUGAAAAAACGAAAUACUGCAAAACAACAACCACAACACACAAUUUUUCCGCUGUUAUUGUAUAGUAAAGAAAAUAUUAUAUAUAUAAAAUAUAUAUUAUGUAUAAAAUAUUAACAAAAAAUUGUAGUAGCAAAAUUAUAAACCAACAAACAAGAAUACCAACAACAAAAGUCGUGCAAGCAGAACCCAAAAAAGCGUAUAUGAAUGUUGCAAAUGAAACUCAUACCAACAACAGCAUUUGCAACACGAAAUCUACGAGAAAAAUCCAACAAAAAAAAUUGUAAAAUCCCAACAAAUUAGAAGUUAUAAGCAGCAAUCAAAACCGAACCAAACAACACCAAAUCGUCAUGUAUAGUGGCAUUAGACAAAUAACAUCAAUUUGAAGGGAGGCCAGAGAAGCGGAACGAUCCCAUCCCGAGAAGCUAGCACACUACAUCGCCCGUUGGACGCCGAUGCAUUCAUGAUGCUGAGAAUGCGGAGGAGCUCAACCCGUGCGGUGGUGCCAUCUUCCCGGAACUGCGGUCGCUCCGCCUGCAGCCGCCUCCCGAUCCCUACAACUGAAAAUAUACACGAAUUAUUGUUGUUAUUUGUUUAAUUUGCAAGCACCCGACAUCACUAAUCCUAUACAUGUAAUCGAUGGCGAGGUUUUAGAAACUGUAACUGUGUAUUCGAAACAACAUAUAAAGCAAGCAAACAACCAUCAACAACAACAGACAUUGUAUGAAAUAAAUUGUAAUUUCUAAUUUCCAAAAAAA